GAGCGGGCAAAACUGCCCGGCACGGAACAGCGCAGGCCCCGGAGCCUUGUGCUUUGCUCACCCAGACAGGAAGCGGGAGAGUUCGCCGCUAUGGAUGUGACGUCCGUACUGGGAUAAGCUGUGGCAGGCGUUUUGGGACCUGAUAAUCGAGCUGGGGAUUUAUUUUGACAAAGCCUGGGAUACCCUAUAUGAAACAGUCUUCCUAUCAUGAGAGCACUCACUUCCUCUAAAUGAGUUCAGCCCAUGUCUGCAUGACCCAUCCUGGGACUGAGAAGAUUACCAGGGUGGCCUGUUAUCCACCUGACUUCUGGUGGUAGUGUUUCUAGACUGGUGAAUGUCAGUUCUGGCUCCAGGAGGCUGCAUUCUAUCUCCUAGUCCUGAUUCCUCAGACCCUUUCCCUUUUGGAAGAGAAGCAGAAGAUGACCAAGUCUCAGGGUCCAGUGUCAUUCGAGGAUGUGGCUAUAGAUUUCAGCCAGGAGGAGUGGCAGCAACUGGACCCUGCUCAGAGGACCCUGUACAGGGAUGUGAUGCUGGAGAACUACAGCCACCUGGUCUCAGUGGGGUAUGCAGUUUCCAAACCAGGUGUCAUAUCUAAGUUGGAACAAGGAGAAGAGCCAUGGAUCAUGAAGAGAGACGUAUCAAAUUGGAUCUAUCCAGACAGGGAGACUAGACUUGACACACAUCAAUUGGAUACACUUGGAGAUGUUUACUUUCAUAAGGACAUACUGGAAAGUGUCACAAGGGAUCAUUCAUUGUACUCCGUUUUAAAGGUCUGGCAAGGUGACCAGCUGGAGAGAGAUCAGGAAAAUCAAGACAGACUUCUCAGGCAAGUCACAAUCAUCAACAACAAAACAGUUAUUGAAGAGUCAAACUAUACAUAUAAUGCAUUUGGAAAAAUAUUUCAUAACUGCGCAGACCUAGAUACUUCAAGACAAAGACUGUAUAAGUGUGAUUCAUUUGAAAAGAGCUUGGAACCUACUGUAAACCUAUUCAGUUGUAAUAGGGGUUAUGCAAGAAAAAACACAGAUGAGAAUUUUGGAUGUGGGAGAACACCUAGUUCUUCCUAUUCUAAGCAUGAAAAAAUUCAUAAUAGAGUGAAACACUGUGAAGAUAGUCAAUGUGGAAAAAUCAUCAGCGAUAAACAAUCUCUUAUUCAAUAUGUGAAUGUUGAAACUGGGGAGAAGAUCUGUGUAUGUAUUGAAUGUGGAAAAUCUUUUCUCAAGAAGUCACAGCUCAUUAUACACCAAAGAAUUCAUACCGGAGAGAAACCUUAUGGUUGUAGUGCUUGUGGGAAAGCCUUCAGUGAGAAAUCACAUCUCAUUGUACAUCAGAGGACACAUACUGGGGAGAAACCUUACGAAUGUUCUGAAUGUGGAAAAGCCUUCUCUCAAAAAUCAUCCCUCAUUAUCCAUCAGAGAGUUCAUUCUGGUGAAAAACCGUAUGAAUGUAGUGACUGUGGGAAAGCCUUCUCCCAGAAAUCACCCCUCAUUAUACAUCAGAGAAUACAUACUGGUGAAAAACCAUAUGAAUGUAAUCAGUGUAGGAAGGCCUUCUCCCAGAAGUCACAGCUGAGUAUACAUCAUAGAGCUCAUACUGGAGAGAAGCCCUAUGAGUGUACUGAAUGUGGGAAAGCCUUCUGUGAGAAGUCCCACCUCAUCAUACAUAAAAGGAUUCACACUGGGGAGAAACCCUACAAAUGUGCUCAAUGUGAGGAAGCCUUCAGCAGAAAGUCAGAACUCAUUAUACAUCAGAUAAUUCAUACUGGGGAGAAACCUUAUGAAUGUACUGCAUGUGGGAAGACCUUCUCCCGGAAGUCACAGCUCAUUAUACAUCAGAGAACGCAUACUGGAGAAAAACCCUAUAAAUGCAGUGAAUGUGGAAAAGCCUUCUGUCAGCAGUCACAUCUCAUUGGACAUCAGAGGAUUCACACAGGAGAAAAACCUUAUGUUUGUACUGAAUGUGGGAAAGCCUUCUCUCAAAAGUCUCACCUCCCAGGACAUCAGCGGAUUCAUACAGGAGAGAAACCUUAUAUAUGUGUUGAAUGUGGAAAAGCCUUUUCCCAGAAGUCAGACCUUGUUGUACAUCGGAGAAUUCAUACUGGGGAGAAACCUUAUCAAUGUGCUGUAUGUGGAAAAGCCUUCAUCCAGAAAUCACAACUCACUGUACAUCAGAGAAUUCAUAUAGUGGUGAAAUCAUAAGAAUGGACUAAGCAUAGAAAAGCCUUCAGUAUCUGUUCAAGCCUUAAUAAGUACCACAAAACUCACAGAUUUAAUAAAACCUGUGUAUGUAUUACAUGUGGAAAAGCCUUUGCUAAGAAGUCGCAGCUUAUUGUACAUCAACGAAUUCAUACUGGGAAGAAACCAUACAAUUGUGGUGCAUGUGGGAAAGCCUUCAGUGAGAAGUUUCACCUCAUUGUACAUCAAAGAAUUCAUACUGGGGAGAAACCUUAUGAAUGUUCUGAAUGUGGAAAAGCCUUCUCUCAAAAAUCAUCCCUCAUUAUACAUCAAAGAGUUCAUACUGGGGAAAAACCAUAUGAAUGUAGUGACUGUGGGAAAGCCUUCUCCCAGAAAUCACCCCUCAUUAUACAUCAGAGAAUUCACACUGGAGAGAAACCUUAUGAAUGUAGAGAGUGUGGUAAGGCCUUCUCCCAGAAGUCACAGCUGAUUAUACAUCAUAGAGCUCAUACUGGAGAGAAGCCCUAUGAGUGUACUGAAUGUGGGAAAGCCUUCUGUGAGAAGUCCCACCUCAUCAUACAUAAAAGGAUUCACACUGGGGAGAAGCCCUACAAAUGUACUCAAUGUGAGGAAGCCUUCAGCAGGAAGACAGAACUCAUUACACACCAGUUGAUUCAUACUGGGGAGAAACCUUAUGAAUGUACUGCAUGUGGGAAGACCUUCUCCCGGAAGUCACAGCUCAUUAUACAUCAGAGAACGCAUACUGGAGAAAAACCCUAUAAAUGCAGUGAAUGUGGAAAAGCCUUCUGUCAGAAAUCACAUCUCAUUGGACAUCAGAGGAUUCACACAGGAGAAAAACCUUACGUUUGUACUGAAUGUGGGAAAGCCUUCUCUCAAAAGUCUCACCUCCCAGGACAUCAGCGGAUUCAUACAGGAGAGAAACCUUAUAUAUGUGCUGAAUGUGGAAAGGCAUUUUCUCAGAAGUCAGACCUUGUUUUACAUCAGAGAAUUCAUACUGGGGAAAGACCUUAUCGGUGUGCUGUAUGUGGGAAAGCCUUCAUCCAGAAAUCACAACUCACUGUACAUCAGAGAAUUCACAGCAGUGGUAAAAUCAUAAUGAACUAAAAACACAGACAAGCUUUCAGUAUUAGCUCAAGCCUUAAUAAACAACAGAAACCUGAUUAAUUUGAUAAAUUUGUGGACAACAUCUUUAUAGAGAAAAUUUUACAAGAGAAUUUGUGUCUGUAGUGUGGUGAUACCUAACUCAGCAAACAUGAUGGGAAA